CCAGCCGCGCAGCCAAACAUGUGCAGCGUUUCGGCGCGUCUGUCGCCGUGUGAGGCGGCUGAAUAACGCAAACGGGGAUCGCUAAAGUGUGUCGGGAGAUCAGUAGUCCUGUGCACCGGUGUGACUGCCUGUCGGAGCUCCGAGCAGAGGCGGGAAUGGAGCGCAGCGAGGCGGACGAGAAUGAGAGCAGCUCGCCCCAACAAAACACGAUGUGGAAACAGAUUCAAGCCAAAGCGAAGCCGCUGCUCAGCCCCAAGCUGGGCGCCAGAGACCCGGAGGACAAGAAGGAGCGGGGCAUGUGGAUGUUUAGAAAGAUGAAGCGGAAGGAAAAUGUCGCCCUGGACCGGGUGAUCUCCUCCUCGCAGCCCGACCUGCUCUUCUCAUCUCCCGUUGAUGUGGAGACGAAGGAGGCACAGCUCUGCGGCAAAGCGGCCGGGAGCGGCUCCGGUCUCGGUCGGGAGAAGCUGCAGUUUUCGAUCAAGCACAAAUCCAGCAGCCCUAGCAAACCCACGGUGUCUCAGCUGGUGCAGUCCCACCACAAGAGCUCCUCUCUGGGGUCUGCGUGCCUGGAGAGGCUGGAGAGGCUGGCCGAGCCUCCGGGCAGCUGCAGCGGGGGCGACGCAGCAACAGCGGCGGCGGCGGCGGCGGCGGAGGAGACACCGCCGGAGAGCAAGGAUGAUCAGCAGGGAGUCGGCGCUUCAUGCGCUUCAGGGGUCUCUCCUGAGCGAGCCCGGUCAGGGAUGUACAAGCUGGAGAUUGAGCUGAAACGAGGACACAACCUGGCUGUCCGGGACAGAGCAGGAACUAGUGAUCCAUAUGUCAAGUUCAAGCUUGCUGGCAAAGAGGUGUUCAGGAGCAAAAUCAUUCACAAAAACCUCAACCCGGUGUGGGACGAGAAGACGACCUUAAUCAUGGACAGCCUGAGCGAACCUCUGUAUGUCAAGGUGUUUGACUAUGACUUUGGCCUUCAAGAUGACUUCAUGGGUUCUGCUUUUCUGUACCUGGAGUCUCUGGAGCAGCAGAGGACGAUACCUGUGACUUUAGUGCUGAAAGACCCUCAAUAUCCUGAUCACGACCUGGGUACUCUGGAGCUGGCGGUCAACCUGACACCUAAAGACAGUCCCAUCGAGGAACGGCGAGACUCGACGAUGGAGCUUAAGAAGUAUCGACUGAAGCCUUAUGUGCAUAAAACCAUGCUGCUGAGGAGGUCCUGGAAACGAUCCACUAAGCAGCAGUCUGUACGUCUGUCAGAGCUGCAUCGGAAAGCCCAGCUGUGGCGAGGGAUUGUCAGCAUCGCGCUAAUUGAAGGUCGAAACCUCAGCCCCAUGGAUCCCAACGGUCUGAGUGACCCGUAUGUCAAGUUCAGACUCGGGCCCCAGAAAUACAAGAGCAAGACAGUGCCAAAGACCCUGAGCCCACAGUGGAGGGAGCAGUUUGACCUGCACCUGUAUGAAGAGACAGGAGGCGUGCUGGAGAUCACGGUGUGGGACAGAGACACCGGAAGAAGGGACGAUUUCAUUGGGCGCUGCCAGUUGGACCUUUCCACUCUCGCUAAGGAGCAGACUCAUCACCUGGAGCUGCCACUGGAGGAGUCGCGGGGCUUCGUGGUGCUGCUGGUCACGCUAACCGCUUCGGCCGCGGUCUCUAUCGCCGACCUGUCUGUCACACCGCUGGAUGACCCACAGGAGCGUAGAGAGAUACUCAAACGAUAUGGUGUGAUGAAGUCCUUCUCUAACUUAAAAGAUGUGGGCAUCGUGCAGGUGAAGGUGAUGAGAGCAGAAGGUCUCAUGGCUGCAGAUGUAACCGGUAAAAGCGACCCUUUCUGUGUGUUGGAGCUGAACAAUGACAGGCUGCAGACACACACUGUUUACAAGAACCUCAAUCCAGAGUGGAACAAAGUCUUCACCUUUAAUGUGAAAGACAUCCACUCCGUGCUGGAGGUGACAGUAUUUGAUGAAGACAGAGACAGGAGCGCAGACUUCCUGGGAAAAGUGGCUAUUCCGUUAUUGAAUGUCCGUAAUGGUGAGCAGAAGGCGUACCUGUUGAAAAAUAAGGAGCUGACAGCACCGACCAAAGGAUACAUCUACAUAGAGAUUGAUGUCAUCUACAACGCUGUUAAAGCUGCUUUGAGGACUGUGGUUCCUGCUGAACAGAAAUACAUUGAAGAAGAACCAAAAGUGUCCAAGCAGCUGCUCCAGCAGAACUUUAACCGAGUGAAGCGUUGCAUUAUGGUGCUGCUUAGCUGGGGAACUUUCAUCAACAGCUGCUUUGAAUGGGAAUCUGCACAGAGAAGCCUCACCUCCUUCGUGCUGUUUGUGGUGGUGGUGUGGAAUUUUGAGCUCUACAUGCUGCCGCUGGCCUUGCUGCUCCUGCUCGUGUGGAACUACUUCUUCUGCUCCAGCAGGGAUACAGCUGAUAUGUCCAUGGAUGCCAUGUUUGAAUGGGAAGAUGAUGAAGAGGAUAAAGAGGAAAAGGACUCAGAGCCCAAGGGCUUCAUGGAUAAACUGUACGCCAUCCAGGACGUGUUUAUCAGUGUUCAGAACGCUCUGGAUGAGGUGGCGUCAUUUGGAGAGAGAGUGAAGAACACUUUUAACUGGACAGUGCCUUUUCUAAGCUGGUUGGCGAUCACCGCCUUAUGUUUGGCCACAUUUCUUCUCUACCUCAUACCUCUACGAUACCUCGUGCUUGCAUGGGGUGUGAAUAAGUUCACUAAGAAACUUCGCGAUCCGUACAUGAUUGACAACAACGAACUUCUUGACUUCCUCUCCAGAGUGCCCUCUGAUGUUCAAGUGAUGCAGUAUCGGGAGCUGAAGGCUGAUCCCGGACAAAGCCCCAGCAAACGCCGGAGGACAAACCUGAGCUAGCUGUAAACACUUUAGCUGUACACAAUGUAAACUAUCUUAUUUAUAUAUUUCUUGUAUAUUUUAAUUAUUAUAAAAAAUUGUAACGGUUGAGUUUUUUUUGUUACUCGGGAAGGGCACAGACUUAUUUUCUAAAUCUUGUAAAGGACAAAAGAAAUCAUGUUUUUAAUCUUUCCUUUCUCAUAGCAACACUGCACACGAGCUAAAUCAGCUGUGGUCGUAAUGAUGAUCGUCAUGAAUGUACACGUGUAGCGUGUUCCAAAGAGUCUGCAUGUAAUGGCAUCAUUACAUCUCCAGCUUUUUUAUUUCUCUGAACAUUUUUGUGCGAUUUCAAACCCCUGCAAAAGAAAGAGCUGCAUGCUGUUAUUCUUUUUACAUGCCCGCACACAGUAAAGAAUAUCUCCUUGAACAUUGUAAUACUAACAUCUCACCUCAGUGUUUACUUUGAACCUUUGCUUUUUGUUCCAGCUUGGUUUCACUUUCUCCGUUUCUUUCUGUUUUCUGCCUUUUUUGGACCAAAUGUUGUGUAAUCAGAGUUUUUAUGAAUGUCAUCGUCUGUUCUUUUUAAUCGUGUUUUUGGGAUGUGAUCCUAUGCAUGUCUGUGUAAGCUGAUGUUUGUGUGUGUUUUGCAUGACUGAACAGAAACUAUAUGCAAGUAAAUUCAUGGGUGCUGAAUGUGAAGUUCAUCUAGUGCGUCUGCAGGCUGCUGAUAUACUGUUUACUCUCACCGCCAGAUCAUCAUGUCUGUCGCUUUGCACAUUAUCUCUCUCUGUUUCCUGUUGCACUAUCUGUAUCUGCUGCUGUGGAGUAAUUACUGUGGUUGGAAUGAAGCCAAAAGCAGGACAGACUGUAACGACUGUGUAGCAUUUAUCUGACAAAAUAUAUUUCUACACAGACCCACAUGGCUUUCUGUGUCUGAUAUAAAGUUUAAAAAGUGAGCAUGAGCAGUUAGAAAGAUUCCCUAUAUUUCCAAAUGUGGUGAGGAGUGUUUGUAUGGACGAAUUUAUGAAUAGUCUUA